AUGGGCUGGCAUGCCAUGAUCUGGCAGUUUAAGAACCGUUGGCAGGCUACGAAGGUUGGUGUGUGUCCUUUCUGCAGUGCUCAGAGCCAGGGCGACAGUUUGCUGUAUACGGAGGUGGGAAGUAAUGCAUCCUGGCGGCCCACAAUCUUCACGGACUUGGCUGCAUGGGCGGAAGCGGUCCUUCCACAGGAUGACCUUUGCCCACUGCUAGGGCUUCCUGGCUUUGCAAUCGACACUCUGAAAAUGUGCUCAAUGCACAACGUGAACCUGGGCAUUGCGCAGAUCUGCAAUGGAUCGUCUUUGGUCACCUUGGUUCUUGGUGGCUUUUAUGGCAACCCCAAUGAUAGUAUUGCUGUGAAUUUCCGGCGUGCAUACCGGCACUUUCAAGCUUGGCGAAAGAGCAAGCGGGUGAACAUCACCCAGGGCGUCUGGAAGUAUGCGAUGUAUCAAGUGAUCGAGGUGAUCAAGGCGAAUGGGCUUGUCUGCAUGACCCACAAAGCCUUUAAUGGACGAGUUCUGGCUCACUACUUCGCAGAUGUGCUUGCGGAGGCCUUGACCAGUGCAGAGUUCCCCUCAGAUUCAACUCUGCGCUUUGCUGCUGCUUGCAUGGCUCACCUUGCAAAAUUUUUCUACCUCCUCGAGGUCUCUGGUCGGUACUUGACGGAGGCUAGGGCUGAAGAGAUCUAUCAAACGGGGCUGGCCUUCAUGAGGUGCCACUUGCAGCUCACCAGCAUGGCGAUGCAGUCGCUGCGCCACUUGCCUUCUGGGCAAGCACUUUUCUUGUGGACUCUUCGUCCAAAGCUUCACUAUCUGGAGCACCAACUGAUUGAUUUAAGGCGGACUCGACUAAAUCUUCGUCAUCACCAUUGUUAUACCGAUGAAGAUGGAAUGCGCUGGUUGAAGCAAAUCUCGAGGAAGGUUAAGCGGAAAGGGUUUGAGCACGCAGUCUUACGUAUCAGCCGGCUCAGGCUGUCUCUAGCGCCUUUGAAGGCAAGAUCGCUCAACGAAUCUGCGCGAAAGCGCAACAAGUGAGAAAACAAGUGAUGCUGCCAAUCUGGGAGUCAUGUUGGGAUUUGCUUUUAUGUUGAAACAUGUUGAAACCAAAAAGGUCUUUCUUUCUACGAAAGGUCUUACUUUUCCACGUCUUAGACCAAAGGUCUCGAAAUGUCAGUCCCUCGGACUGACCAGGUAUUGUCUCAACUGGGCAAGCUCACUGUGGGAGGAAAAACCGUGUUUUGAGAUUAGCCCCUCUAAAGAAUGAACGUUGCAACGUCGGCGUUAUUCUAGCCGUCUUGCAUGGCACUCCAUCCUUGCUACUUCAUCCUGAUGGUUCGGCCAGGUGGAGUACUGCUACCAAGCCCAUGAGGAACAAAACGCAGGUCUUCGCGCAGGGGUGGGCCAACCUGAAACACGCCCACUCGCAGGGUGGGUUUGGGCGAAGGC